AUGACUGCCUCCCUCCUCGACCGCAUCAGUCUCCCUAACUCGAGCUCUGUCGGCCCUGUUCGCAGCAGGGGCAACCGCUCUGGUGGCUCCAGCCCUUACCACCGCAAUCAACGCCCACCAAAAGGCGACGUCAAUGGAACCUGGGAACACGACCUCUAUCGUGGUCCUGAUGCGGAGGCCAACUCACUUGGGUCACGCCUCUCCAGCGUGCAGACGGGCGCGCCAAAGAUGAACUUCACGGGCGCGGACCGUGCAUUACGAGAGGCAACGGGUGAGAAGGGCCUUUCAAUCAAGGGCGCGAGCGGGAGGGGGAACGUUGUCCAAGUUGGGGGAUUGGCCAGCGGCACGAGUGCUGCGGAUGUCGAGGCCAUUUUCAAGCGCUGUGGCCCCAUCACAAACGCUGUGAUGCAUUCGCGCAACGACCCUCCGAUAGUGCGCAUUACAUUCAAGCACGAGAAGGAUGCACAGGCUGCAGUGGCAAAGUUCCAUGGACAACCGGCCGACGGACGGACGCUCGAAGUCAAGAUUGUUGGUGGUGUGAAUGCGACGCUGGGCGGGCGCAUCAUGGGUACCAGCGUUUCAGAUGAUAGCGUGGAUGUCCUCAUGGAAGGCAAUGUGUCAAGCGGAUCAAAAAUGCGCUCCGAUGAUAUUCUUGCCUCGGACACGCGGGCGCAUGUCCUCGUCGCACCGCCGGGGCUGAAUCCUGCGGAUUACACUCAACGCCCUCAGCGUGGUCGCGGUCGUAGCCGGGGACGAGGUGGGCGCAGGGGAGGCGGGCGGGGAGAUCAUGCCAGGAUGGAUAUCGACUGA